AUGGCAGGCGUGCUACCAAACCUCCCAGUCCUGAUUCCAGGCAUCCUUCCACCAUCACGAGAGAAUUGGGCGCUGUUGAGCUUUGCCUGGCAAUUCUUCCCACUCUUCACAGCUGCCCAAUGGCUCUCCGAGUUCUAUCCACAAGGCAAAACUUCCAUCGAAAGCAAAUUCAAUCUCCCAGGAAAAUGGGCCUGGUUCCUGAUGGAAAUACCAGGCAUGACGAUGGUCCUGUACUGCAUGUUUUCGAUCCCGUCGACGGUCGGCUUCGCUACCCCACAAGCACUUCCCUGGGCCAACUGGACGAUGGCCGGCGUCUACACAAUCCACUACAUCUACCGCGCCAUCCUUUCGCCUCUAGUUCUCAACCCUAGCAUGUCACCUAUCCAUCCUUUCGUUUUUAUCUCCGCCUUCGCUUGGCAAAUCAUCAAUGGCCUCUCGAUAGGCGGAUGGCUCGCUGGCUACGGUCCCACCACCAUCUGGGACUGGUCAGGAAAACUCUACUACAUCGAAGUCGGUCUCAUCAUCUGGGGCUGGUCCUUCCUAGGAAACAUGUUCCACGACGACGACCUCCGCGAGAUCCGCCGGAGUGCUCUUAAGCGCCAACAGCAAAAGGCUAAAGAGGAAGGGAAAUCCAUUGAAGGCGUGGACAAGCUCUACAUGCUUCCUAAGAAUGGUCUAUUCCAUUAUGUCCUGUACCCCCACUACUUUUGUGAGUGGCUCGAGUGGGCCGGUUUCUGGAUGGUUGGUGGAUGGGAUUGCGUACCAGCUAGAACGUUCCUGAUCAACGAGAUUUCGACCAUGCUGCCGCGGGCACUACAGGGUAGACAGUGGUACAUCAAGAAGUUCGGCAAGGAGAGAGUAGGGAAUAGGAAGGCUGUCAUCCCGGGUCUGCUAUGA